AUGCCUCAGCCGGUUUGCCAGGCUCCCAUGCCCCUGCCGGUUCGUGGAGAUGUCACGCCCCUGCCGGCUGGUCCAGCGCCCAGGCCUCGGCUGGCACGUCAGGCUCGCAUGCCCCUGCCGGUUCGUGGAGAUGUCCCGCCCCUGCCGGUUGGUCCAGCGCCCAUUCCUCGGCCGGCCCGUCAGGCUCGCAUGCCCCUGCCGGUUCGUGGAGAUGUCACGCCCCUGCCGGCUGGUCCAGCGCCCAGGCCUCGGCCGGCCCAUCAGGCUCGCAUGCCCCUGCCGGUUCGUGGAGAUGUCACUCCCCUGCCGGCUGGUCCAGCGCCCAGGCCUCGGCCGGCCCGUCAGGCUCGCAUGCCCCUGCCGGUUCGUGGAGAUGUCACGCCCCUGCCGGCUGGUCCAGCGCCCAGGCCUCGGCUGGCUCGUCAGGCUCGCAUGCCCCUGCCGGUUCGUGGAGAUGUCACGCCCCUGCCGGCUGGUCCAGCGCCCAGGCCUCGGCUGGCCCGUCAGGCUCGCAUGCCCCUGCCGGUUCGAGGAGAUGUCACGCCCCUGCCGGCUGGUCCAGCGCCCAGGCCUCGGCUGGCCCGUCAGGCUCGCCCAGUGCGUCUCCUCGGGCCGGGGGAAAAGGGUCCCCGGUCUGAGUCUCCCGUCUGUCCUGAGCUGCCAGAGCCGUCGGUCAAAGCUGCCGCUGCCAGAGCCGUCCAUUACUCCGGUGCUCCUGGAAUCGCCAUUCACUCCGGAGCUGCCGAAAUCGCACGCCACUCUGGCGCUGCCGGAAUCGCACUUCACUCCGGAGCUGCCGGAGUCUCCCGCUUGUCCGUUGCUGCCAGAAUCUCUUGUCCAUUCGGGACCCGUUGCUAG